GGGGCUGGGCAGGGGGCGGAGUCAGUGCGCUGCUGCAGCUGUCCAUGGUUGUGUGCUGGAGCCAGAGAGAUGCGGCCAUAGUCACUCUACACUCUCCAAACAUCUCGACCUGAAGGACCGCUGGUUCUGCUGCUGCGCACCGGAGCCCAGAGAAAGCCCCCGGACGUGAGGCAUCAUGGCUGAACAUCAGAGGCAGCGCUCUCUGUCCACCGCCGGAGACUCUCUGUACCUGGUGCUGGGAGUUGAGAAAGUGGCCACGUCUGACGACAUCAAGAGAUCGUACAGGAAGCUGGCGCUGAAGUUCCACCCUGACAAGAACCCUGACAACCCGGAGGCGGCAGACAAGUUCAAGGAGAUAAACAACGCCCACGCGAUUCUGAACGACCCCACCAAGCGUAAUAUCUACGACAAGUACGGUUCUCUGGGACUGUACGUCGCCGAGCAGUUUGGAGAAGAGAACGUUAACACUUACUUUGUCCUGUCGAGCUGGUGGGCGAAGGCCCUGUUUGUUUUCUGCGGCUUGGCCACCGGCUGCUACUUCUGCUGCUGCCUGUGCUGCUGCUGUAACUGCUGCUGUGGAAAGUGUAAACCUCGGCCUCGCGAGGGCCAGGACCCGGACUUCUACGUGUCCCCCGAGGACCUGGAGGCUCAGCUGCAGUCCGACGAGCGAGAGGCGGGCGGUGAUCCCAUCGUGCUGCAGCCGUCAGCGACAGAGACGACCCAGCUCACGGCGGACGGACACCACUCCUACCACACCGACACCGGCUUCAACUAACCUCGGUCCCGUCGCUCCCGGGCCGCGGUCCCGCCGGCUCUCCCUGCUCCACCUCCGUGAGGCGACGCCUCGGAGAGGAGCCACGUGGAGGAGAGGGAGACGAGAGCGUGGCCCCUGAGAGGAACUGAUGAGGUCACUUCCCCCGACAACCCUCCCUGAUUGGUCCGCCUACUUAUUUACCCCAGUAAGAAAAGAAAAGAGAAACAACCAAAUGGUUUGAGUUUUAAUUCUUCUUUUUGUAUUUCUUGGCCUUUGACCUCUCCCCCCCCACCCCCACCCCCACGCUUUGCAUCACAGUGUCGCAUGAACUGUUUAAACAUGUCUCCAAAAUGUUCCCUUCAUCUUCUGCAUCAUCUUUUCUUUGCAAGACUCAUAAUGUCGGUGCGUACGUGCAAUAUGUUGAUAUGAGUACAGUUCACCGGGAGGAGGAGGAGGUAAAGUUUACGUGAUGAUGAGGAAGAGGAGGAGGAGGAGGAGUUAAAGUUUACGUGAUGAUGAGGAAGAGGAGGAGGAGGAGGAGGAGAAGGAGGACGAAGAGGAGGAGGAGGAGGUUAAGUUUACGUGAUGAGGAGGAGGAGGAAGAGGAGGUAAAGUUUACGUGAUGAUGCUCCGCGGCUCAGGGAGCAGCUGACAGAUGUUUGUUGAUCAGGUGAUGUUGAUUUAUGAUCCAUGAUGUUUCAGUGGAAAACGUCGCCUGUCAAUCAUCAGUACAGUUUGUCUGAUUCACUGUCAAUCAUCAGGUUUUCAUUUGCAGACAGAUUCUUCUGCUGUAGUUAUUUAUUGAUCUGUAUUGUCUUUAUUGAUCUGUUCUGCCACAGUUUGAUUUCAUUGACGACGUUUCCUCUUUCCUGCAGCACAUGACAAUUAUUACCAAGGUAACUUUUUUUUUUUUGAAUCAUAAUUUCAUUUCUUUUUGACAUAUUGUGAUCUGUAGAAAUGUUGAUGUUGGAUUCAUAAAUUAGAAGCAUACAAUUUUAAAUCAAUCUCAUGUGAAACAUUGAUGAUGAACAAUUUUAAUAAUAAUUUUUUUUAGAGGAUUAAAUUAGAUUUUUUUCCCCUUGUUUGAUAAAGCCUCUCAGUUAUUAUAUGAUUAUUGGAAUCAUAUGCAGAGUUGCUUCUCUUUUUUGUUUUGUCAAAAGUAUUUUUAAGACAUCAACUCAUUGAACAUGAUAAUUGUUCCCUUAUUGAUUUUGUGCUCCACGAUCCGACUGAGCCUGAUCAGAAAUUAUGAUAUUUUGAUGUUUAUUAUUUCUGAACUGACUCACAAGACUCCAGAUGUUUAAUACUCCUGAAUUUCCAUAAAUUGCCAUAAACAUCUCUGUCAGUUUCAUCUCUGCUCAUGUUUUGAUGGUUCAUACUCGGUGAAGCUCGCGUCGCCCUCGGCUCUUAACGGUAUGGAUGUUGACCUGUUGACCUCUGUGGCCCCUGUAUGAUUAUGAUGUUUUCUGUGACCCUUAUGAAACAUAGAUGUUCAUGUCAUGGCUUUUUCAUCCAGAUACUGAAAAUGCUUCUGUAAAUGUUCGAAGUUGAAUGCACCGUGUGUUAAAAAAAGAAGAAGCUAUAAUGGAUCAACGAUCAGGAAACGACUCCAUGAAAAGACAGACGUAGUAUAUAAUGUAAUUAUAGUGAAAUGGUUAUUUGAUGCAUUUUUGGGAUUUUAUUUAUUUCAUACUUUGUCAUGUUACAAAUGAUGAUUGGCUUUAAUUUCAUUGGUACGGUGUCGUGAUGUUCGGUCGCUUGUACAUAAACACUUUGCCCAUAAAAAGUAUAGAUUUAACGUUUAUGUUGUAGCAUGAUAAUAAUUGUUUGUCUGGAAGAAAACACGUGGAUCAUUGAUCUGAUAUUCUGUUGUGGAAUAAAUGUUCAUGAACGUUU